GGAUGCUCAUAUAAUCUGCUGGCGAUUUGAUAAUGUUACAUGUGGAAUACAACAGAGUUGAUGUGAUGUGCUGUAUAAUAAUUUCUCAAUUGUUCAAAAGGAUUAUACUAAUUUGUCUUUUGAGGAUGCCUGAAUAAAACUGAAGAAAAUUUUCACAAUAUUUAUAUUUACCGUAUGCCAAAUUGCAAAUCAUUAAGGAAAUUUUUCACUAUAAAUAAUAGAAAAUUUUCAUCUGUGUGGUUAGACAAAUUUAAGCAUGGUCUCUGUGGCUGGAAAGGAGCACAUGUCCACCCUGUUUCUGGCAGAAUAUAAUGAUACCUGGCAAUUAGUGAUGAAAUCUUUAGUUGAAGAUGCUAAAAUGAAAAAAAACUGUUACUUCUAAAUUGAAAAGAAAGGAUGCUUAUGUCAGGGUUAAAUAUAAAAAGAAGAAAAGAGCUUGUUUAGGAAAGGCUUUUACACCCCCUGACAAAAAGGAACUUAAAGAUGAGAUAGCGGACGUCCAGUCUGAAAUGGACAUGAUAGAUGUCUCUGAUGGCAGUCAGAACAACCCAAAGACUAAACAGAUGUCCAUUGGGAAGAAGAAAUUUAACAUGGACCCCAAAAAGGGUAUAGAAUAUUUGAUCGAACAUCAGCUUCUACCCAACACACCAGAGGAGGUUGCUAAAUUCCUGUUCCAAGGUGAAGGACUAAAUAAGACUGCCAUCGGAGACUAUCUUGGUGAAGCAAAAGAUUUCAAUAUAUCUGUACUAAAGGCAUUUGUGAACCUCCAUGAGUUUUCUGAUAUGAUACUGGUACAAGCUUUACGCCAGUUCCUAUGGAGUUUCCGUCUGCCAGGAGAGGCACAGAAGAUCGACAGAAUGAUGGAAUGCUUUGCUGAAAGAUAUUGUGAAUUGAACCCAGGGAUGUUUACCAGUACAGAUACCUGUUAUAUCCUGUCUUUUGCUAUCAUUAUGCUGAAUACAACUUUACACAACCCUGCAGUAAAAGACAAACCAUCUGUUGAAAGAUUUAUUACUAUGAACAGGGGAAUAAAUGAUGGUGUGAACCUACCUGAUGAACUUCUUAAGAGUCUGUAUGAGAGUAUAAAGAAUGAACCUUUCAAAAUCCCAGAAGACGAUGGCAAUGAUCUCAUGCAUACAUUCUUCAAUCCAGACAAAGAAGGCUGGCUAUGGAAACAAGGAGGUGGGCGUGUAAAGAACUGGAAGAGGAGGUGGUUUAUACUCAAUGACAAUUGUCUAUACUAUUUCCAGUUUACAACUGACAAAGAGCCUAAAGGAAUUAUACCUCUAGAGAAUAUUCAGGUCCGUGAGGUACCAACAGAGAAAGCUAACAAACCUAAUUGUUUUGAGCUGUACACCCCAGUACAAGACAUUAUCAAAGCAUGUAAAAUGGACAAAGAAGGCAAAGUAGUAGAAGGUAAACAUAGUGUUUACAGGAUGUCUGCUGCCACUAAAGAUGACAAAGAUGAAUGGAUCAGAUGUAUUAAAGCCAGUAUAAGUGAAAAUCCAUUCUAUGACAUGCUAGCAGCUAGGAGGAAGAAGGUGCUACACCAAAAAUAGAAAUGACGUCUUAUGUAUAAACAAAUGUAUAUAGUGUAAAUAUAGGUGUAUUUAUCUUACUCACAGUUGUAUAUCAGGUUUAUUGUCCAGAAGCUUUUUAAAGCUGAUAAGUCAUGUACAGCUUUUUAUAACAGCAACUAUUCAAAUCAUUUUAUAAACUUAUGGGGAAAAAACUUGUCUUCCAUCAUAAUACAAGUUGCCUUCAAAUUCUAAUAAAUUUUCAUAAAAGACCAAAAUGUAAAAAAAGAUAAAGAUUGUUUCAGGUUCCCUAGCUUUGUUAUAUAUAUUUACCCUGAGAUUGCGUUGACAUUUUUCGUAAAGUGUUUGUAAAAAAAAGGUCAUUAUUUUGUUAAUAAGAAAAAAAUACUACCACUUUGUUUAUAUUCAGGCUAAAAAAGAAAUAUUGCAAAAUAUAUACUUCCAUAUUAUUUUAAAACUGAAAUCUGAAGCACACCUUUUUGUCAUUCAUACAUUCUGAGUUAAAAAAAGAAUAA